CUGAGCGCUGCGCUUUGGCCGUCUUCCCCGUCUGCGUCUGCAAGCGACCCCCGGUGCUCCCAGGGUUCAAAGGCCCAGCGCAGUGGCUCCAGCCCCUCGGGGGGCGGGGAGGAGAAGGGGGUGGUGCGGGAACCAGAAAAGCCGGAGCCCACAGCCGUCCAGCCCUGCGCGGGGAUGGGCAGCGCGCUCUGAAAGUUUGUGACGCCGCGGCCAACUCUAGGCUGGAGCCCAGGACGCACCCGGGAGCGGCCGGACUCGAAAGCUGUGCGCGACCCCGUGCCCUGUCGUGGCCACACGGGGCCGUCCUCGGGCCUGGGCACCCGCGCCCCAUCGGGGUUCAUGGAGCCCGGACUGUGGCUCCUUUUCGGGCUCACAGUGACCUCCGCCGCAGGACUUGUGCCCUGGCCUCAGACUGGGGGCUUUGGCAGGACCAGCCUGCCUGGGAGCCUUCCUGCAGCCAGAUCCGGGGGGAACCGUGAAGAGACUGUGCCCGGUCCCAGCAAGGGGACUGGGGCCCCAACAGCAGCCCAGGGCCCAAGUCCUGGAGAGUCUGGACAGGGCCAGGCAGCUGAGGGGGACCCUGUGCACCACCGUGCCCGGCGCUGCACGUGCUUCACCUACAAGGACAAGGAAUGUGUCUACUACUGCCACCUGGAUAUCAUCUGGAUCAAUACUCCGGAGCAGACUGUGCCCUAUGGACUGUCCAACGACAGAGGAAACUUCCGGAGCAGGAGGUCCCCGGGGCUACUUCCAGGGAGCGUGCAGACACCCUUGCGCUGUAUGUGUGUGGAGCCCGUCGACAAGGUCUGCGUACAGUUCUGCACAGGGACACUGGAGGCCAGCAGCCAUUCCAGGACAGCAGAAAAAGCAGGCCAAGAAGAGAAGGGGACGGCCGGCGCGUCCCACCUCGGGCUGCGGCAGAGGCACUGAUCAAGGGAAGAUUAAAUCGUGCUCAGUAUACAGGAGACUUUCCGGUUGGUGGCAGAACUCUUCCAGUGGUCCACAGAGGGAUCUGUCAGCAUCCAUAAUGAAAAUGGAGAGGAAGGAGCGGGCAGGGGCAGCACGGAGGUCCCUGGAGGGACAGCCAGGCCCCAGCUGGUUCACAGUUGGCCUCUUCAUUCUUUUCCCCCUUUCUCUUUUCCUUACCCCAAACCAAAACUUCACUGACUGAGGGAGGGAUGUAAUUAAACCAUCCAUCCGGUGCAUCAUUUAUUCAUUCGGUGGAGUCGCUGAACACCUGCUCUGUGCCAGGCGCAGCCGGGGACAGGCCGAACGAGGCUCUUCUUCAGGGUGGUGAGGCAGACACAGAGGAGGGUGGUGCACAGGGAGACAUUGCAGAAGAGAGUAGGCGAAUGAGGCGGGGGGGGGAGGCGCUGGGGUGGUUAUGAGUUGUGACUGGGGGGACUGGAGCAGUCUGAAGAGCCAAGGGGCCUUGACACAGAAGCGUGAAGGAAGCGAGGGCUGGAGCGCUGAGGAGCAAAGAAGAAGUAGCGUUUCGUAGGGGAAACAGGAAGUACAAAGGCCCUGAGGUCUGUUCAAAGGUUAUCAGAGGACGCCCUGCCCAGAAAAAAACACAGAUGCCUCCACUGCCGCCCUGGUUGUUAUCAUUCUAGAUAUCAUUAUAUAUCAGAAGGUGAGAUUGAGACUGGGAACGAAGUGGCCCCCUGGGAAGGUGGCUCUUCUGGGUUUUUCCUGUAGAAAACUUUCCUUGGGGAGAAAGGCUUCCAUGAGCUUCAGUCCCUGCUUUCUUGUAAGACUCGGGUUGGUAAUGUCCAGAUUCACAUUCUUGGAGUGGCAGCUGCUGCCGCCGCUGGCUCAGGACUGGAGACAGGGCUGGCUGCUGGAGGGCUCCCUGAGUCCACACCUGCUGAGAGCAUUCUUUCCACAUCCUCCCCUUCUGAUCGCAGGCUGUGGUAAGGGGCAGUACUCAGACGGGGGCUCAGCUUGAGCCAUGGUGGGCGAAGUGGCCCCUCUUGGCUGGGGAGAGGUGGAUCUUGUCCUAAUGCACCUGUUUUCUUUCGUUCCCUUGGCUCAAGACAGGCUCAUGUCCAGGACAAACAAGGCCCCUGGGCCUUAGGCACCCACCACUGGUGAUCGCCCCCCCAUCCCAUCCUCUCUGCCUGCCUGCCCUCUCUUCCAGCAAAGAGCCCUUACUCACACGCAGUUCAAAUUUCCACUUCUUUAGGGACGAGGAGUGAAUUCGCCUGGGGUAGAAAACCCACCCAAAGACUCCCCCCUUCAUAGCACUACUCCGAGAAUACCCAAAUCUAAAUGACCCCGGUUUCCCUAAUGGGUAAAAUGAUCCCAGAUGUGCCCUGGGGCCAGAUGCCCGCAGCUCCAGUUUCACGCAGGAAAUUGUUUUUGGAGAGGUAUGGCAAGCCGGAAAGCCACUUACUGGCUUUUGACAAGACUUCUCUUGGCGAGUAAGUGGACACCGAGCUGGCUGUCUGCAAAAGUAAACACGCGUCUGUCUCAACCUAGAUGCACGGCGCGUGUGUGGCCGGAGCAGGCCGCCUGCCCCGUCUGCUGGCUGGAAACUGGUGAGGGGUGAGCUGUGGGCUUCAGACCUGGGUCAUAACCGAACAGUAGUUCUCGAGUUUGAAGCAUGUAUUUAGAUACAAAUUUUACUCGUGCUUCGUGCCCAUUUAAAUGGUGUAUGUCAGAGAAAGAAGACAGAAGAAGAAAAGGAAGCCAGAGGCCUGGACAUUGGUGGCAAGAAGAGGAGAGAGUGUCUACUGGUUUUGAACAAUAGGGUAUGUUCUUGUACCUGGACUGGUCCUGUGCAUCUCCUACAGACACCAGGCCUGAGCACAGCGAUGCUCCCAGGCCAUGUUGGCAGGAAGCCAGUUAUAAAGACGGGGUGGGGGGGCCCACGCUCAAGGCUAUUAGGUUGAAUAUUUUGCUUUCAUGAAUAAAUGUAGAUCUUUGGGGAGUGGCUUCAAAACAAACCACAAACACAAACUUUAUAAAUUAUGUAAAUUCCUAUUUAUGUAUAUAAUUGGCAACAUCUGGGAAUUGUAAUGCCUGCUGGUUCUAAAUCUCCUUCAGCUGUGUUCUGGCUGCGCUGCAUCAACAGCGAGUGUGUGGGACAGGCCUGUGUCCCCUCUACUGGGUGCUUUGGGCAGAAGCCGCCCAGCUCCCC